GUGAAACCAUGCCCAGUGGCCCUUGACUCUGCAACGUAGUUUAAAAAAAAAAAAAAACCGUCAGACAAAAACUUCGUCUGUUUCAGACCAAAGAAAGAAAUAAUGAAGGAUGUUUUCGGCAUUAUUUUGGUAUUAGUAGUUACCGUUAUCCACACCGCCAAUAGCUGCCCUCCGUCUGAACGGGCAGCGCUGGUAGAAUUCAAGGCAGCUCUCCACGAGCCUUACUUGGGCAUCUUCAAGUCAUGGACGGGCACCGACUGUUGCCACAACUGGUACGGCAUUAGCUGCGACCCUGAGUCAAAUCGAGUUGCUGACAUUAAUCUCCGCGGUGAGUCCGAAGAUCCCUUCUUGGAACGAGCCCACCGCACCGGUAAUAUGACAGGUUUUAUCUCACCCGAAAUAUGUAAGUUAACUCGGCUUUCCAGUAUUAUUAUAGCUGAUUGGAAAGGAAUUACUGGGGAGAUUCCAAAAUGUGUUACUAGGCUGCCAUUUCUUCGCAUUCUUGAUUUGAUUGGUAACAAGAUCUCGGGGGAAAUUCCUGCUGAUAUUGGGAGGUUGAAGCGUCUCACUGUUUUUAAUGUUGCCGAUAACCAAAUAUCGGGGAGAAUUCCCCCUUCAUUGACGAAUUUAUCAAACUUGAUGCAUCUUGAUUUGAGAAACAACAAAAUUUGGGGUCCAAUCCCGAGCAAAGCCGGGGAACUCAGGAUGUUGAGCCGCGCUUUGUUGAGCGGGAACCUGAUAAGCGGACCAAUCCCCGUCUCGAUAUGUGGAAUUUAUCGUCUAGCUGAUUUGGACCUCUCAAUAAACAAAAUAUGGGGGGCGAUUCCUCCUUGUCUUGGGAAAAUGGCCGUCCUGGCGACAUUAAAUUUGGAUUGCAACAACAUAACGGGUACUAUACCAACGACUGUUUUGAGUUCGGAUAUUGGGAACUUGAAUUUGAGCCGAAACGCGUUGGAAGGAACAAUUCCGGAUGUAUUUGGGCCGAGAUCUUAUUUUACCGUGAUCGAUUUAUCGCAUAACAAGUUUACGGGUCCGAUACCGAGAAGUUUGUCAGCGGCGUCUUACAUCGGACACCUAGAUUUGAGUUACAACCAUCUAUGUGGACGCAUUCCGGCAGGAGCACCGUUCGAUCAUCUGGAAGCAUCCUCUUUUGUGUACAACGACUGUCUUUGUGGAAAACCGCUUAGAGCUUGUUGAUUACUAUCAUUAUUAUAUUUAUAUAUCUUUGGUAUCAUUUCAAGUGUAAACAUAAUUAAACAGUAAACUAGAAAGUGUAUUUUGUUUCAUAGUAGUAAUGUUUUGUUUAAUUGAGUAAUAUAUAGUUAUAAUUAAUUUGAAAUC